AAUUGUUCUCUCUCUGCGAAGUGCGGAAGCAAAAAUCGCAAAAAUGAAUCGAAGCGCAAAAGUUUCUAUCUUUAAUGUGAUCUACCGAUACCCUUUUCGUCACUAUCCAAAAUCCACUUCAUCUUCUCCACUUAUGCCUUCAUCAAUUCUGUCAAUAUCUUCUUCGCACCGGCCUUCAUCUCCAGAACUAUCGAUUCCCACCAUAGCCACCUCAAAUUUCCACUCUUUUUCGAUGAUUCCUCGAUCACAUUUCAUGACCCAGCAGUAUGAUCUGAGGAGCUACAGUUCCGGGUCGGGUAGUUCGGGCACCGAGUUGGACAAGGACAGGGAGGUGGAUAUGAUUAAUCUGAAGUUUGGUGAAGCAAGGGAAGAAAUAGAGGCAGCGUUGGAUUCAAAAGAUACUGUGUAUUUCAACGAAGAAGCCGAGUGUGCUCGUGCUGCUGUCUCUGAAGUAUUGGAAAUGUUCGAGGGACUGUUGGCUAAGUUGCCCGAAAGCGAGAAGGCAGCUUUACAGAGGUCAAUGGGGUUGAAGAUUGAGCAAUUAAAAGCUGAGCUUACGCAGUUAGAUGAGUAAGAGAUGGUAUGUCCCCCUCUCCCACUCUUCAUCAAAAUUUGUUUCUUGAUGAGUUACUAAGCGAUAUGUUUCAAGUUUAUAAUAAUAGAAUUCUUUGUACUGUUAAAUUGAAUGUAACUUUGAAUCAAUAGUAUUGGGUGUUUGGCCAUUCUGUGAGAUUGAUGCCAUUAAUCAUUAGACGCAGCUUAUCGAAUGCUGCGAUUUUUUUCUUGUCUCA